GAAGCGACAGCUCACGUCUCAUCGCCUCCUCCUCACAGCUGUAGCCGCUGAAAGUGUCAAGUUUUCCUCAUUUCAAACAGCCUUGCAAACAGAGAAGAGUGUCGUUCCUAGACUCAAGGGGGCUCUGUGGAAACUGAACAGGUCGUCAUGAAGCUGGUGGUCUUCCUGCUCCUCCUACAGGUGUCUGGAUACGCGCGCAGCAGGUGUUUCUGUCAGGUCUCAGGGAGUCUGGACGACUGUGCCUGUGAUGUGGAAACCAUUGACAGCUUCAACAAUGAACAGCUUUUCCCUGAACUAAAAACUCUCCUGGAGUCUGAUUACUUCAGAUUCUACAAGGUGAACCUGAAUAAACCGUGUCCGUUCUGGACGGCCAGCAGUCACUGUGGUCUGAUGGAUUGCGCUGUGAAGCCCUGCUCACCUAAUGAGGUGCCUGAAGGGAUCCGAUCCUCUUCCCACAACAAGUAUUCAGCAGAAGCAAACGGGCAGCUUGAUGAAUGUGAGCAGGCGAAGCAUCUGGGAGCUGUAGACGUCUCUUUAAGCGAUGAGACCCGGAACGCUCUGCUGAACUGGAGCAAACACGAUGACGAGGCGGAGCGCUUCUGCGUCGUUGAUGACGAGGAGUCACCAGAGUCUCAGUACGUCGACUUGCUGCUGAACCCUGAGCGCUUCACGGGCUACAAGGGACCCGAGGCCUGGCAGAUCUGGAACAGCAUCUACGAGGAGAACUGCUUCAAACCUUAUACAAUCAAGCGACCACUUAUUCCCAACUCAUUCCAGAGCAGUUCAGGAAAUGAAGCGAGGACCUUCUACAGUUGGCUUGAAGGUCAGUGUGUGGAGAAGAGAGCUUUCUACCGGCUUAUCUCUGGGCUCCACGCCAGCAUCAACAUACACCUGAGUGCCAGAUAUCUCCUGGAUGACAGCUGGUUUCAGAGGAAGUGGGGCCACAACGUGUCUGAGUUUAGAAAGCGCUUUGACUCUGAGAUGACGGUCGGUGAGGGCCCCAAGAGGCUCCGCAACCUCUACUUCCUGUACCUGAUAGAGCUACGAGCGCUGGCCAAGGCUCUGCCGUUCUUCCAGCAGCCGUCUUUCCGGCUGUACACCGGCCGACUGCAGGAAGACCAGAAACAAAAAAUGCAGCUGCUGCACCUCCUGCAGAAGGCCAGAUCUUUCCCGUUGCACUUUGAUGAGACAUCUCUGUUUGCUGGGGAUGAAAAGGAAGCAACAAAACUUAAGGAGGACAUCAGACUGGCCUUCCUCAACAUCUCCAGGAUCAUGGACUGUGUUGGGUGCUUUAAAUGUCGUCUGUGGGGAAAACUUCAGACUCAGGGAUUAGGCACAGCACUGAAGAUUUUGUUUUCAGAGCGACAGAUUGAAGCGUUGCCCAAAUCCAGCGAGCAGCGACCCAGUUUCCAGCUCAGCCGACAGGAGGUCGUCUCCCUGCUCAACGCCUUUGGAAGGAUUUCAACAAGCAUCAGAGAGUUGAAGAACUUCAGAUCUCUGCUUGCAGAGGAGCGAUAACGGCGUCCGUCUUCCCUUGAUGUCUUUGACCAAAUUCCUUUGAAUGGUUUAACUUAAAAUGUGGACUCUUUAGCCCCUGAGCUGCCAGCUGGGAUCUGUGCAACAGUCUUAGUUAUGCUGAUAUUUCAACUGCAAUGAUGAGCCCUUUUUUUCAGUAUUGAUUAUGGGAACAUUUAAAAACUUGAGUUUAAACAUUUCUAUUGCUCCUAUCUGCUACUAUUUAGGGUACUUUUCAGGUGGCUGGAAGUUUGUUGUUGACUAAACCUGAUGAUAUUUGGAGCUGUUUGUUGAGACUGAAAGUCCCCCCAGAAAUAUAUUAUAGAUACUUCAGAAAAUGAAAAAGAAUUCAAACAUACGUCUUUAUUUGACAAAUGUUUUGAUCAAUUUUUCCCAUCAGUUGCUGGUAAUGAAGGCGUUUUGUUGUGAUGUUUUUGUCCUGACGAUGGCGCUCUUUGUAAAGAAAAUGAAGCCUUUUUUUGUACCUGUGGAAAUGCCAUGGCAAUGUUUAAAAGUGUAAAAUACGGAAAACAUGACUUGUUCAGCAAAAAGAAA